GAGAGUAAUUGAAUCUCGUGCCUUUCCAUCGAAGAGAGAGAGAGAGAGAGCUCUGCUGUCUGCGAGAAUGGCGGACCGCUUCUUCGCAAACGAUAUGCCCGACUUCGUCGACGAGACAGAGAUCACCGUCAGCGAUUCCACUCUUCACAAGCUUCUCUCCAUUCCCUACCAGAAGACCGCCGAGCGACUUCUGCGUGCCGCACUUGAACUUAGCGAUUCGGUGGUGAAGGAGACUGGUAUUCGUUACGAAAGCCACGCGAAGGACCCUACUCUGUACACUGGAGCCCUCGGAACGGCGUUCUUGCUGUUCAAGAAGUAUCAGGUGACUAAAAAUCACAGUGAUCUCAACCUGUGCCGUGAUGUCCUUAAGGCUUGUGACUCUGCUUCCCGUCGUUCGCGGUAUGUGACUUUUAUAUGUGGGAGGGCAGGAGUUUGUGCUCUUGGUGCGUUAGUGGCAAAGCAAUUAGGGGAUGGAAAGCUGCUUGACUAUUAUUUAAGGUCAUUUAAAGAGAUUACAUUGCCUGCUGGUGUCCCUAAUGAGCUUCUGUAUGGAAGAGCCGGAUACCUUUGGGCAUGUUCUUUCCUUAACAAGCACAUUGGAGAGGGGACAAUCCCUUCCACCUUUACAGAUUCAGUAGUAAAGGAAGUGAUUAGAGAAGGAAGGCAGUUAUCCAACAAUGGAAGCUGUCCUCUAAUGUAUGAAUGGCAUGGCAAGAAAUAUUGGGGAGCAGCUCAUGGCUUAGCAGGAAUCAUGCAUGUUCUGAUGGACAUGGAACUGAAUCCUGAAGAGAGAGAAUAUGUUAAAGGCACUCUUUUUUACAUGAUCAAGAACCGUUUUCCUAGCGGAAACUAUCCCUCGAGCGAGAACUCUGACACUGAUAGACUUGUUCAUUGGUGCCACGGCGCCCCCGGAAUCGCCCUCACCCUUGUAAAAGCUGCUCAGGUGUUCGGCGACGAGCAAUUCUUACGAGCGGCGGUGGAUGCGGCGGAGGUGGUCUGGAAUCGAGGGCUUCUGAGGAGAGUUGGGAUCUGCCAUGGAAUAAGUGGCAACGCCUAUGUGUUCCUGUCGUUGUAUAGGCUGACAGGCAAAGCUGAGUACCUGUACCGUGCCAAAGCAUUUGCCUGCUUUCUACUUGACGGAGCAUACCAGCUGGUGGCUAAAGGUGAGAUGCAUGGCGGUGAUCAUCCCUUUUCUCUGUUUGAAGGUAAGGGCGGGAUGGCCUACCUAUUUCUGGACAUGACGAGCCCUAAUGAAUCAAGGUUUCCUGCUUAUGAGCUUUGAAGCUCUCCUCGGGUUGCCUAUAGAGUCGAGCUUCGCGAGUUGCUUUAAACUUAAUUUGAUCGAGUAUAAUAAUAACACUUUGUCCAUUUCCUUGGUAUAAAAAAACUAAAAAAAAGGAAAAAAAAAAAAUCAGGAGCACUAUUUACGUACGAAAUAUGCAUGCAGUUCUGCGUGCAUAUUUGACAAAAUAACCUUCUAAUAUAUCAUUUAUUGGGAGUUAUGGAGAGUUUAUUGAGGUGUAAUCUUUCAAUAACCCCUCAAUAAACUACUAAUACAUUUUGCAGUUCCGCGCUCAUAUUUGUUGUUUUCAUUCAGAAGUUUUGUUAAGUUAUUGGGGUUAUUAACCCCAAUAACAUUGACAAACCAUCCAAUACCUCCCGAUAUGCGCACGUAGGCGUGCGUGCGUAUUUCGUACAUAAAUAUUUUUCUCAUAUCAGUAGGACCAUCAAUGAGUUAAUUGGAUAUUUGGUCAAUUACUUAGUUCAUUAAUUUUUUGUAAGUAAUGCAUGACCAAAUGAAUAGCCGGGUUCAUUGUCUGACGUCUUAUGACGUAUUAAGAAUCACAGUAUGGUAUUUUAAUUUUGAUAGGAAGGCCAUCUCUUAGAACAAGUAUUUCAUACAAGAAAACAAGCGACAUUUCGGUGAGAUGAUCAUCUUAAUUU